AACCCUGACACUCUCACCUACCGCUCUUUUGCUCAACGCCACAGUCGCCGGUGGUGGUCCCCUUCCCCUGUUUCCAGCUAUAUAUAUAUAUAUAUAUAUAUAUAUUCUCUGCCCACGGCGCAUGGCCUCCACCUGCCGCCCUCUCUCUCCUCACCUGCGCGCUCUCCCGGAUAACUCUGUUGUCCGAUCUUUCCUGUGCAUCCCAUUGACUUCUAGAUUCUUCGCUGUUAAGCCCGCUUUCACCUCUCUCCGCGUGAACUCGAGUUCCUCGAGAUUCAGAUUUGGAAGAAUAAGAGCAUCUAUGGCUGAGAUUGUCACUCCGAAGAGCAAAGGGAAGGUCAAGUUGUUCGACACGGAGGAAGAUCUGGCGGUGUCCCUCGCGGAAUACGCCGCCGAUUUAGCUAAUAAAAUUUCGAAAGAGAGGGGCUCUUUUACCGUUGUGAUCUCCGGUGGUUCUCUUGUUAAGUCUCUGAGGAAAUUAGUGGAGCAGCCGUACAUUGAUUCAGUGGAUUGGUCGAAAUGGCAUGUGUUUUGGGUGGACGAGAGAGUGGUACCUAAGGAUCAUCCUGACAGUAAUUAUCUCCUUGCCUACAAUGAGUUCCUGUCAAAGGUUCCAAUUCCCGCUGGUAAUGUGUAUGCCAUAAACGAUGCAUUGUCAGCAGAGGGCGCAGCAGAUGAUUAUGAAACCUGCCUAAAGCAUUUGGUGAAAACUAAAAUACUAGAUCAAUCUCAGAGUAGUGGGUUCCCAAAAUUUGAUCUUAUGCUAAUGGGUAUGGGGCCAGAUGGGCACAUUGCUUCUUUGUUUCCUGGACAUCCUCUUGUUCAAGAAAACAAGAAGUGGGUUGCUUCUAUCAAGGAUUCGCCUAAACCUCCCCCGGAAAGGAUUUCUUUCACUCUCCCCAUCAUUAAUUCCUCAGCAAAUAUUGCCCUUGUUGCAACAGGUGCCAGUAAAGCCACUCCAGUGUAUAUAGCGCUGAGUGAUGUUUCAAACUCUGAUGUGCUCCCUGUGCAACUGGUCGCACCAGAAGGGGAGUUGACAUGGUUUUUAGACAACGGAGCAGCUUCAAAACUCUAGGUUUGUGCUUCCCUAUGUUUAUAAGAGUUUGGUGAUGAAUCAACAUAGUUUAUGUUGGAUCGAGGUGAAUGUGGAGCAAUCACACAUAAAAUUCUGGAGUUUGUAAUCUAUGAAUAAAGUAUCUGGACUGAGUUUUGUUUAGACUUAUGCUGCUGGACAGAACAUUCUUCUCACUUAUUUUGCAUAAAGCUAACUGUGUGAGAUUUCCAGCUGUUU